CCUGGGCCGCCAAGGGCUAUGCGCUGGCAGUAGCGCAACGGACGAGUCAGCGGAAGGUUGCAUUUCAGUAUUUAUAGUGAAUUGCUGUGUUCGGUGACUAUAAUGCACUUAAGUGCAUACGCACGCGGUUUAGAUAAACCUGAGCGAUUGCGCUACGACGAAAAAGUGCACUUGUGCGGCGGCGUCGACCCACUCCAGCUUAAAGACGCUGAACAUCAGCGCGAUGUCGGGCUGCUGCCUCGCGUGGAUUUCGCCGACAUAAAGAACUAUCUUGUGCACGGAACAAGUUUUGUGUCGCGCGAGCAACUGAAAGCAUACAAAUCCAUGGAAGGCCAUAAUAAUUUGACGAGCGGCUGGGUGCAGCAGCCGUGCGUCAAAGCCCUCCCAGACGGCAUGGUCGUUGUUGUCGGAAAGAUGGGCAAGCGUCCGUCAUUUAUUUUUGUUCGCCAUUCACAGUCAUUUAAUGAAAAGCCGCUCGCACCGUGUCUUCUCAUAAAAGAAGACGGCGAGGUCCAGGCUGCGCGCUGCACCUGCAAAGCAGGCCUUGGAGAGGCGUGCUCCCACAUAGCGGCAGUCCUCUUCUACAUUGAAGCUGUCGUCAAAAAGAGAGACAGCCAGGUGUGCACUGAAAAAACAAAUGCAUGGCUACCACCUUCUGUGCGAUUUCUUGAAGGAAAGGAGGCGUGCAAAGUUAGUUUUGCAUCAUCAGCUAUGAAGAGACGGAUGGGCGGCGAAGAGCCACUGCGUAAGAGACAGAAAAGAUAUUGAGAAGCCCACAAAUGAGGAAUGGACCUCGUUCCUAUCCGCAUGCCACGCGAGCCAGAGCCGACCAGCCCUGCUUUCACUUGAAGGAAACUUUG